CUCCUCGACGCGGCGUGCACAGCCCAUGUGUGAACCACCACAUGGGACUAUCAUCCCAUCAGUCUCAACCACAUCCACAUUCACAUUCGCAGCGUCGCCCUCUGGUCAAUGGCUUUGUGCCACGUGUCUCCAAACCUCCCUCAGUAGCCAAUGGCGUGUCACCAUCUGUCGGCGAACCUGCCAUCUCAGCCAUGUUUGGACAUGGUGCAUCCGAACCUAGAAUUGUCUUCUGGGGCCAUUUGUCGACCGAGCCUGUUGCUGCCGAACCUGUCUCUGUCGAACCUGGCUCAGCCGAACCUGCCCAGUUGAGCCAGUUGCCGAACCACCAAGUCAGUGGAGCUUGGUUCUGGCGGCAACGCUGCAUUAACUUACGUCUGGGAAUGGUUGUGGAUCGACCAGCGCACUCAGCGCAGAGCUCGUCGCAGCGACCCGCUCUCUUCCUCCAGCCUCUGCCACACGCCGACCAGACAGGCCAGGAGAUGAGCGAGCGCCUGUUUGUGGACGUGCGGCCGUCGCCCUGCCAGUCCUGUCAGCAGCGAGGGGUGUUCCUGCAAGGCAGAGUGCUGCUGCCCGUGCAGCCAUGUGGAGACGGUACUGUGCUCUUCCAUUUCUGGUUUGGCCACGGCAGCCAGCGCAAGUCGCAAGCCGUGCGUCGCUCCCGCUGCCCCAUCUGCCGCACUGCAUGUGGCACCACCAAGGGUCUCAGGAAUCACCUGGAAGCUUCUCACAGCCGCUUUGACUACACCUUCCAUCUCCAGCAGCCAUUGCCAGUCGUCUACGUCACCUGCAAGCCUCAGCUGGAUCUGGAGAGCCCAGCAGUCACGGCAUCGGCAUCAGUUCAUCGGCAGCAAGCCAAAGGCCCACCAUUCUUCUG